AACGUCCCCCGUCUCUCUACAGUCUUUUUCCUUCUCCUCACCGUCAUCCUCUUCUCUCCACCUCUUUCUCCUUACCAUCGCACUCACUGACGUCUCCGAGACUACGCCGGUCCGACUCUCCGGUCUCGCUUGCUCACUCACUGUGUCGCACUCAAGGUCGUCGUCACGCGCUGUGUCGUCGCUGCGAUCUCACUGUGUCGCCGUCGCCCUCCCUGCCAUCGUCUUUGCCGGCGUCAGAAGAAAAGGGAACCAGUCAACCAGCGUCUGCGGUCGUCGUCGUCUUCAGUUGUGUUAGGUAGCUUGUCAGAGCAAGUUUCUCUCACAAAAAAAAAAAAAAAAAGUAUUCUGCAAUUAACCAAGCUCUCCACAUUGCUUUGGACACUGAUCCACGUUCUUAUGUUUUCGGAGAAGAUGUGAGUUUUGGUGGGGUCUUUCGUUGUACAACAGGAUUAGCAGACAAAUUUGGGAAGAAAAGGGUUUUCAAUACUCCUUUAUGUGAACAAGGUAUCGUUGGCUUUGGCAUUGGUCUAGCAGCAAUGGGCAAUCGAGCCAUAGCAGAAAUUCAGUUUGCAGAUUACAUUUUUCCUGCUUUUGAUCAGAUUGUCAACGAAGCUGCUAAAUUCAGAUACCGAAGUGGGAAUCAAUUUAAUUGUGGUGGUUUAACGAUUAGAGCCCCUUAUGGAGCUGUGGGCCAUGGUGGGCAUUACCACUCUCAAUCCCCUGAGGCUUUUUUCUGUCAUGUUCCUGGUAUCAAAGUGGUCAUCCCUCGAAGUCCCCGAGAAGCAAAAGGGUUAUUGCUGUCUUGCAUUCGAGAUCCAAAUCCUAUCGUAUUUUUUGAACCGAAGUGGCUAUAUCGUUUGGCUGUCGAAGAAGUACCAGAGGAUGAUUACAUGUUGCCACUAUCCGAGGCAGAGGUGGUUCGGCAGGGAAGUGAUAUUACACUUGUUGGAUGGGGAGCUCAAUUAUCUGUAAUGGAACAAGCCUGUCUAGAUGCUGAAAAAGAAGGAAUUUCUUGUGAACUGAUAGAUCUAAAGACAUUAAUACCUUGGGAUAAGGAGACAGUGGAGGCCUCAGUUAACAAGACAGGAAGGCUACUUAUUAGUCAUGAAGCUCCGGUAACCGGAGGUUUUGGUGCUGAAAUCUCGGCUUCUAUUGUUGAACGCUGCUUCUCGAGGUUAGAAGCCCCUGUAGCGAGAAUCUGCGGUCUAGACACCCCUUUUCCUUUGGUGUUUGAGCCCUUCUACAUGCCAACCAAGAAUAAGAUAUUGGAUGCUAUUAAAUCAACCGUUGGCUACUGAAGAGCUUAAUCACAAUCUUUCAACCAUCUAUGUGAUUUUGAAUUCACAUGAUCAUCAUAAUGAUCAUGUUUGGGACGAGAUGGAUUAGUAUAAUGCAUUGCAGACCAUGGAAUCUGCAUAUUAAAUUAAUCAUGCCUUCUCCAAAUGUAAAACAUUUUUAAAAAAUAAUAAUAAUAAUAAUAAAGGAGAGAAUGAAUGAAACUUGAAAAUAACCAUACAUUCGCA